AUGAGACGACCUCUCUUUCUUCACAUCGUCAAUGCACUAGGUGAGUGGUCUCCAUACUUCACCACAAGGACAGAUGCGCUUAACCGUGAAGGGCUCUCUCCACUGCAAAAGUGCACGGCGGCAAUACGCCAAUUGGCUUAUGGCACACCUGCAGAUAGUCUUGAUGAAUAUCUCAAGAUUGGCGAGACUACCGCGGUUGAUUGCUUGAAGAACUUUGUGCAAGGAGUGAUUGAUACCUAUGCUGCAGAGUAUUUACGAAGCCCCAACACUGAAGAUACAGAGCGCUUGCUCUGCAUUGGCGAAGGUCAUGGGUUUCCUGGCAUGUUAGGAAGCCUGGAUUGUAUGCAUUGGCGGCGGGAAAAAUGUCCUAUUGCAUGGAAGGGCCAAUUUACUCGUGGUGAUAAAGGGUGGCCUAGUCUUAUUCUGGAGGCAGUUGCUUCGCGAGAUCUCCGGAUAUGGCAUGCCUACUUUGGUAUUGCUGGGUCAAACAAUGACAUCAAUGUGCUGAAUCAAUCACCAUUGUUUAUCAAGCAGCUGAAAGGCCAAGCUCCUCGAGUGAACUUUUUUGUAAAUGACAAGGAAUAUCAACAUGGUUAUUACCUUGUAGAUGGGAUAUACCCAGAAUGGGCAGCUUUUGUGAAGACAAUAUCGAUGCCACAGACAGAGAAGCACAAGUUGUUUGCUGCACAUCAGGAAGGGGCAAGGAAGGAUGUGGAACGUGCUUUUGGUGUCUUGCAGGGUCGAUUCUCUAUCUUGCGUCGUCCUGCACGUUUGUAUGACCGGGGUGAUAUCCAGAAGGUCAUGAUAGCUUGCAUCAUUCUUCAGAAUAUGGUAGUCGAGGAUGAAGAAGAAGCGGCGGCUAAUAUUCUUGAUUUGAACAAGGAGGCGGGUACAUCCAUUGUUCUACCAUCAGUAUUCACACACGGCGACAUACGGUAUUCGCCCAGGUGCUACAAAGGGAUGCAAGAAUCCGAGAUCGCGGGACUCAUAGAGCACUCAAAACUGAUUUGGUAGAGCAUAUUUGGAAAAAGUUUGGGCCAAAAUAGAUUAUUAUCAUCAUUUAUUUUAAGCACUUUUAAUU